UAGCUCAUUGAUAUUUCUCCCUCUCCCUCACUCCACUCUUUGCUCUUCUCUUCUUAUAUGCACGUACAGCAAUAUAAUCAAGAACCAAUCUGAAACCCUACGUUUUUUAGUGCUCAAAACCGAAAUAAAAUUGAAAACGAAAUUUGACAAUUUUUCGGAUAUGAAGUUUGGGAAGGAAUUUUUGGCACAGAUGGUGCCGGAAUGGAGAGCUGCAUACAUGGAUUACGGGUACUUAAAAUCCCUCUUAAAAGAAAUCCAACUCUCCAAGCAUAGAAACAACCCCGAUCCACUGGCCGCCGCUUCCACGCCCCACAGUCAAGCCCGAAAGCGGAGGCUCGCGUUGUACAGAACCUUCAGCGGUCUGACAAAAAGCAGGCACGCCCAGCAGCCCAGCAGCUCGUCUUCCACCUUUGGUGGUGUCGACAUCGAGAGCCAGGCCAUUCUUGUUCACUCCGUCAACGAAAACGACUCCGAGAGCUACCAGACGACGUUUGUGAUGGCGGCGGAGGAAGGCGGUGUUCAGGAGCUGGAGUACUUCAAGAAGCUCGACAAUGAGUUUAAUAAAGUUGACAAGUUUUAUAGGUCGAAGGUUGACGAGGUGAUGAAGGAAGCUGCAGUUCUGAACAAGCAAAUGGACGCUUUGAUUGCGUUCCGGAUCAAAGUGGAGAACCCUCAGAGAAUGUUCGAUUGGUCGGGGGAGAUGACUCGCCUUGCUUCCGAUGUUGCCACGUCUACCGCUGCAUUGGCUGCCGCCAGCCCACACGGUGCCAGAGCAAGCAGGCGGGUACGUGCUAUGGAUGCGAUUGAAGAGCGCCGAUCAAACAGUUCGGGUGAUGAAGAAAAAGAUGACAAAAAGAGUGGAGACGUUGAGAUGGAAGUGAUGAAGAAGUCGGAGAGCAGGAGAGGCACUAGGCCUGCGCCACUGGAUAUACUAGACCGUGUGAAAAUGAAUCACGCGGUUGAGACGCCGUGUUCCACCAUCAAAGGCUUCCUCAACGUGGCUCCGCAAACGGAGCUCAAGUUCAGCAGGGUUAAUCUCAACAAAGUUGAAGAACAGUUGAGGGGCGCUUUCGUUGUAUUUUACCAGAAGCUUCGGCUUCUGAAGAGCUACGGAUUUUUGAAUACGUUGGCUAUCUCGAAGAUCAUGAAGAAAUACGAUAAGGUGGCUUCGAGAGAUGCAUCAAAAUCUUACAUGAACAUGGUGGAUAACUCGCACCUUGGCAGCUCCGACGAGGUUACCAAGCUUAUGGAGAGGGUUGAAACUACAUUCAUCAAGCAUUUCUCGAACUCAAAUCGCCGAAAAGGAAUGGCGGUCUUGAGGCCAAAACCGAAGGUGGAAAGACACAGGAUAACAUUCGCGAUGGGUUGCUUUGCUGGCUGCACAGCUGCUCUCAUAUUGGCGCUUGUUUUGAUCACUCGUGCUCGAAAGAUUAUGGAUGAGCCGGGGGGAAGUCAAUACAUGGAAAACAUGUUCCCCCUAUACAGCAUGUUCGGAUUCAUUGUUCUGCACAUGCUUAUGUAUGCCGGAAAUAUAUACUUUUGGCGGCGGUUCAGAGUCAAUUACUCUUUUAUAUUCGGUUUCAAGCAAGGAACCGAGCUGGGAUACAGAGAGGUACUCCUUCUGAGUUUUGGUGUGGCAGUGCUAGCACUAGCAUCUGUGCUCUCAAAUCUUGACAUGGAGAUGGACCCGAAAACCAAAGAUUACAAAGAACUAACCGAACUUCUCCCGCUCUUCUUGCUCCUGCUUCUGAUUGUGAUAUUAUUAUGCCCCUUCAACAUCAUAUAUCGCUCGAGUCGCUGCUUCUCCCUUGUUUGUGUGUUCCACAGCAUCUGUGCUCCUCUCUAUAAGGUCACACUGCCAGAUUUCUUCUUGGCAGAUCAGUUAACUAGCCAGGUGGAAGCCUUUAGAAGUCUGCAAUUCUACAUUUGCUAUUAUGGCUGGGGAGACUACAAGGUCAGGGAAACAACUUGCAGAUCAAGUGACGUCUUCAAAAUUUUCAGUUUCCUCGUUGCGUGCAUUCCAUUUUGGUCCCGCCUCCUUCAGUGCAUCCGCCGCUUGGUUGACGAGAAAGAUCCGAUGCAAGGUUACAAUGGACUGAAAUUUUUCUUAAUCAUAGUAUCAGUUAGCAUGAGGAUAGCCCACACACUUACCGACGACGUGAACUGGAAAGUUCUUGCUGGGAUUUUCUCAAUCGUUGCAGCCAUAUUUGCAACAUAUUGGGAUCUUGUUGUGGACUGGGGACUUCUGCAACGCCGCUCCAAGAACCGAUGGUUGAGAGACAAACUCUUGGUCCCUUACAAAAGCGUGUACUUCAUAGCGAUGGUAUUGAAUGUACUGCUGAGAUUUGCCUGGCUGCAGACAGUUCUGAAAUUCAAUGUCUCCUUCAUGCAUAGACAGACAAUGAUCACGGUUGUGGGGAGCUUGGAGAUAAUUCGUCGAGGGAUAUGGAAUUUUUUCCGGUUGGAGAAUGAGCAUCUGAACAAUGUCGGAAAGUACAGAGCAUUCAAGUCAGUGCCACUGCCCUUCAACUAUGAUGAAGACCAUGACAAACAUUUGUAGGCAAGGAAAAUCGCAAACAUCUGAAAUUGUCUACAAGCUGCUGAAACUUUUCUUUCUUUUUUUCUCCCCUUCUCCAUUAAUUUUUUGCUGAAUGCAGAGUUGCAUCAGUAGUUCUUUUGUUCUGAUCUUUUGGGAAAUUUGUGAAUGGUAUACUCCGUUGACUAACUAACAGGUCGACAAAUUGAUGGACUCGUGAAUAUAUGCUUUUCCCUAUA